AUGGAGAAGAACAACCCGUCCCUUAUGCCGGUUCCAAAUGGAGACACGUCCCAUACGGGCGCUGAACCUUCGUCAUACCUCACACCAUCAAAGCGAAAACACGACGCAACUGCCGGAGACGAAUCUAAUCUUACUCCCGUUGGAGAGGCCACGCCAGUCAACAGUGAACCGGCGGAAGACUCCGUUACUUCUUCGCUGAAAGAUAUCCUAGAAGUAAUUUCAGAGUAUGAUUCCGAGCUCAAAUUAUUACAGUAUCCCUUACCCUCAAAGUCGAAAUCGGAGCGCGAGAACAAACGCGCGAAAUUAUCAGAACCUGAUGCAGGAUCAAACAUUGAAUCAAAAGUCACGGGCGGAGCAUAUAAAUCAUUAGAAGAAUUCAUCGACGACAUUGAAACAGUAGCAGCAUUAGUUUCCACGGACAAUCCUCAAGCCACGGAUCGGCCGGAACACCUGAAAAGCCUCAAUGCCAACGAGCUCUCGGUUCGAGCCAGCUUGUUCAAAAAGCAGUUGAACAACCUACUUCUCAGAAGCAGACGUUUGCAGCCACUGCUUGUUAACUCCGAAGCUAGCCAAAGCCAGGAAGAGUCACUCCAGUCGUUAGUGCCUCCCCAUGAAGACCGAGCAAUCCUUACGGUCACAUUUGGGAACCCACCCAGAACAUACUUCUCAAGCUUCCAGCAAACAAACGGAGUGUCUUCGGUUGCUACGCCCGAAGUCACGGACAAGGAAAGGUCUACUCCCGUUGACGAAUCUGUUCUACCUGGUGAUAUUAGGAUUUCCAAGGUUAUGCCAUUCAACGCAACCCAGUUGCAAAAGGAAAGGGGCACGACAAGGACUUUCGGCGAGGUGUUCCAGCCUCCAUCACAUCUUCCCCAGUUAACACGUCCACAGAAGUUUAAACAGCAGGCAACUGACAAUGUAGUGCGCUGGCUUCAACCUGUGGACAUUUUAGCAGCAUCCUCAACAACUCUCUCCGGCCAAAAGCUGUAUAACAACAAGAAGUUAUCCCCAGGGCAUUGGUUAAACUACGGCCGCGAUUCAUCCCGAGGCAAACUGAGUUCAAUAAAUAAUAGCGAUGACAGUGGAGCCGCAGGCUCAGUGAAGGAGGAUGAAGCAAUCUUUCGAUCUAUUUAUUCUUCGUUUGCUCCUGGCUAUGACAGUGGAGGUGCUGUUCUACAGAACAAUGUCCAAAACUUGGUAUAUUGGGACCGGAGGGGACAAAACAAAUUUAACCAGUUAUUCCCAGAUUGGCAUUUUGACGAGGCAGAACCAGUGCGACAACUUUUUGAGAAAACAACGCUCGAACCGGAGCCUCUCAAUGAUAUUGAUCUGCGGCUAGCAGUGGAAUCCUUUGAUCCAAACACAAACAUUGAAGACCUCGAAAAGAUUCAAAAUGGCGAUACCGAGACUUCAGGUGAUGGGGAUGUUGAACAUAUUCUUCAAGAGAUCUCUGACCUCCUGAAAACUCUUCAUUCCUACCGACGUUUACGGAAUCUUUAUCCGACGCCUGGGCAGCUUCCGAAUACUAGCUCCAAGGCUUUUAGCCAACUCUCUGAUACGCCUUCAGAGGAAGAGAAAGCUACAUACGACACUCUGAAGCAAAGCUUGUCGUCAAUGAUCGCGCUGCUUCCGCCAUAUGCGCUUGCUAAACUAGAUGGGGAUCAGUUAGCAGAUUUGAAUAUAAAAACGGCGAUGAAUCAAGGCUGUGUUGACUACGCCGGCACGAUGGAGGAAGAUGAAUGGACGAUGAGACAGAAACAAGCACCCAGAGUCACCCAAUCCGCCACCCGCUCUCCGGCCCCAAGCACUCACCUUCCAAGGGCCCCGACUUACCAAACGCCACAACAUCAGAAUAUCGCUCCUCACCAACGAUACCAGCCUACCACACGUGCCAGGAAUGCUUCGACAAGCUACACCCCUCAAAGCUAUGGCACUCGGCAGCCAACACAGGCAAUUCCGUAUCAGCCAACACACCCCGCUCCUGCGUAUGCCCCAACACCUCCAACCUCACAACGUUUUGUACAGCCACAGUAUCAGCAAUCACCACCAGCCUCAACACCUCAAUAUACUCGCUCUGGAAUGCUCCAGCAGUUUCAAAGACCAAAUCAAAAUGGUCCGAAUGCGUAUACGGGUCCACGGGGACUUUCUCCGUCGCAGACGCAACAGCAGCAGCAAUAUCCCCGGCAGGUGCCGCAAUCGAACUACCAACCGCGAGCAAAUGCGCCAUCCGCUCACAGGCCGCCUAAUUAUGCCCAGACCCCUCAGAGACAACCAUCGCACCAGAACUCCGUUGCUGGAAGCUCAACGCCGAAGUGUUCCCCUUAA